ACCUUCAAGAUGGCGCCCGUCAGCCGAAUGUGGAGACAGUUGACGUCAAAAUACACCAUUUACCACGUUUUUGUCUUCUUGUUGACGUUUUUCAGCUAUGCGUUCUUCCACGCCACGAGAAAAACCUUCAGUAACAUCAAGACCACCAUCUCCUCAGAGUGGACUCCCCAGUUCUGUAAUGCUACAGAGCCAUGCCUCCGGCCGGAGAAGAUCUGGAUGGACCGGCACCUGUUUGACUCCAGCAGUGAUGCUGAACCCUUCCUGGGCUGGCUGGACUCUACCUUUCUCAUUUCCUAUGCAGUGGGUUUGUACAUCAGUGGCAUUCUUGGAGACAGGUUUGACAUGAGGAAGGUGCUGUCUCUGGGAAUGUGCCUGUCUGCUGUUGUGGUGUUUGUGUUUGGGUGCCUGACGGAAUGGGUCCAUCUCUACAGCCAGCCGUUCUACAUUCUCCUGUUUGUACUUAACGGCUUGCUGCAGUCCACAGGAUGGCCGUGUGUGGUCGCCAUCAUGGGCAACUGGUUUGGCAAGUCAACACGAGGCUUUGUCCUGGGUGCGUGGUCAGCCUGUGCUUCUGUGGGGAACAUCAUCGGAGCCCUGCUGGUGUCACAGGUUCUGGACUAUGGUUAUGAGUACGCCUUUCUGGUGACAUCAGCUGUGCUUUUUGCUGGAGGAGUUGUCAAUUUCUUUGCCCUUGUUCCUUCUCCAAAGGAAGUUGGCCUCCCAGAACCAGAGGAUGGAGAUAAUGAGGAUGAUGUCAGUGACACCAAUGAUGAUGAUGAAGAUGAGACAGGUAUCACACCCAGAACACCACUUGUGCAGAGUGACCUUGACUCUCCCGUGACCUUCACACAGACCCGCCCUCAGGCCAUCAGCUUUUUCCAGGCCGUCUGUCUACCAGGGGUCAUUCCUUACUCGCUGUCCUACGCCUGCCUGAAGCUGGUGAACUACUCCUUCUUCUUCUGGCUGCCGUUCUACCUGCACUCCCAGUACGGCUGGAAGGAGACGGUCGCUGACGAGAUCUCCAUCUACUACGAUGUGGGCGGGAUUAUCGGAGGGAUGAUUGGCGGCUAUCUGUCAGACAGGAUGAAGAAGCGAGCCCCCACCGUGGUGACCAUGUUGUUACUGGCUCUCCCUGCCCUCUGGGGUUACAGUGCUUCUCCAAACAACAAGACCACCAAUGCUGUUCUCAUGGCUGUAGCUGGGUUUUUCAUUGGUGGUCCAGCUAACCUGAUCAGUUCUGCCAUCUCGGCUGACCUCGGACGACAGGACCUGAUCAAGGGAAACAGCGAAGCCCUGUCCACGGUCACAGGCAUUGUGGACGGGACAGGCAGCGUGGGGGCUUCUAUAGGACAGGUUGUGGUUCCUUUGCUUCAUAAACAGCUGCACCUGGACUGGCACUGGGUCUUCUACUUCUUCAUGCUGAUGACACUGAUGACUGCAGUAUGUAUCCUGCCCCUGCUGGUAAGGGAGGUGCGCAGCAUGAAGUGUUUCCUUAACUACCAGCUGAGGCGGCAGGCGGCAGCCCUGGUCCAGGACACACACAGGACAGACAGGCUCAACUCUGUUAACAGCUGAACCAGGUUGUCUCUACAAGAGAGAUAAAGUGCAAUUUCAAGGAACGUCCAAUGUGGAAUCACAUUUUAUCUCAUUGUAUAUAUAUAUGUGUAUAUUAUUUUCCAUUGAACUUGAAGUAUCACAAUUUGAAGAAAUGUAACAAUAUUACUCUCUGUAAAGGGC